AGUUCGCAGGCUAUGGCUACCUAUCACACAACCUUCCGAGAGUCCCUUGGAGGUCAGAAAGUGACUAUUCCGAAUGUAUACGAGAUACUUCCUGAAUGGAAGCCCAGGACCCACAAAGAGUAUAAAAGGGCAAAAGAGGACGUUCUUGACCCAUGGAUCGAAAAAUGGGUGGACGACAAGCGCACCGCUCAGAAACUCAAGGCUGCCGACUUUGGCUUAUUUGCUGCCGUUUGGACUACAGAUGCAUCAUUCGAUGUGCUUUGUACGGCUGCUAAGUAUUUUGCCUGGUAUUUCGUGUAUGAUGACAUUUUCGAUUGUGGCUCGUUGAAGUAUGACACCGGUAUCGUUGGGGCCUACAGAGAGGCCAGCUUGCAGUAUUUCAAGUAUUCGCUCAAUGGAGAUGGAGAAGCACCAGACCUUUCUAUGUUCGACAUGGAACUACAGAAGGGUCUUCAGUGCUGGGACGAAAUCGGCCUGCAUAUCCAUCGGAAGUACAUUGCGGGAUAUGAUGUUAAAGGAAUUCUAGAGACUCGUGAGAUUCUGUGUGAUGAAAUGCUGCGAUAUGUGGGAAGCCUGAACAAUGUCGACAGCAUCUUCGAGGACUCCCACAUCCCGUCCAUCCAACAUUAUUGGAACCGCCGUGAGGCCACAGCUGCAGUAUAUUGUGUGAUUGCAACGAUUCCAUUCAUUUAUGGACUCGAUAUUACUAGGGACGAUGUCAACGACCGACCUAUGAAAGAUCUGUGGAGACAUGCCUCAUAUAUCGUUCAUAUGCGCGAUAGAACGAAUGACAUGUUUUCAAUGCGGAAGGAAAUUGGUGAUAAUCAAAUCGAGAACCUUGUUCCGGUGUUGAUGCUGAAUCGCUCAAUUGACUGCAACACGGCAAUGAGCCAGAGCUACGAGUUUGCCGUCAAUGAAGCAAUGGGUUUACGUGACGCUGAAAAACGUCUCCUUACGAAAUGCGAGAAUGAAUCGAAGGCGAUUAUUACCCAGGCGUUUAUCCAAGGUUGCCAGGAUGUUGCAAUGGGCCUUGUUCAUUGGAGGUACAGUCGUAUUCCUUGGCAAUUUGAGAGCCGUACUAACUUUUACUGGCAGUUAUUGCGGGCAUAG